AUGAGUUCAUCUAUAAAGAUCCAACCAGACUUAAAUACUCUUAACCAAUUAAUCAAAGAAAAUGAUAAUUCUUCUAUCAAUAUGUACCCAGUAUACACUUUCUUACCAGCACUAGAUUUAACUCCACAUGUAGCAUAUUUAAAAUUGGCUGACCUUAAUAAUCCUGCUAGACAUGAAUCCUUUCUUUUAGAGAGUGCUAACACUAACAUGGAAUUGGACCGUUUCUCCUUUAUAGGUAUCAAACCAAGAAAAAUCAUUAAGACUGGCCCAACUGAAGGUAUAGAAACAGACCCAUUGAAUAUUCUAGAAGAUGAGAUGAAUAAAUGCAAAUUGGCAUCCAACAUUCCUGGUUUACCUAAAUUGAGUGGUGGUGCCAUUGGCUACAUCUCUUACGAUUGUGUACGUUAUUUCGAACCAAAGACCGAAAGACCAUUGAAGGAUACGUUGAAAGUCCCUGAAGCCUAUUUGAUGUUAUGUGACACCAUAAUCGCUUAUGACCAUUUUUUCCAAAGAUUCCAAAUCAUCCACAACAUUAACCUUAAAGAAACCUCUUUGAAAGAAGGGUAUGCCGUGGCCACCGAAAUCAUCUCCAACAUUGUCAAUACUUUAAACGAUAACUCUAAACCUAUCCCAUAUCCUGAGCAACCCCCAAUUGCCUUGAACCAAACUUUUACAUCCAACAUCGGUGAAGAAGGCUACCAAAAACAUGUACGUGCGUUGAAAGACCAUAUCAAGAAAGGUGAUGUUAUUCAGGGGGUCCCAUCCCAAAGAGUCGCUAGACCAACUUCUUUACAUCCUUUCAACAUUUAUCGUCAUCUACGUACCGUUAAUCCAUCUCCAUAUCUUUUCUAUAUCGAUUGUCUCGAUUUCCAAAUUAUUGGUGCAUCUCCAGAAUUAUUGGUCAAAUCCAAUAAUAAAAAUGUGGUCGUUACGCACCCAAUCGCUGGUACUAUUAAACGUGGUAAAACACCUGAGGAAGACGAUGAAUUGGCUAACAUCUUAUCCAACUCAUUGAAGGACCGUGCUGAACACGUCAUGCUUGUUGAUUUAGCACGUAAUGACAUAAAUAGAGUCUGUGACCCAAUGACUACGAAAGUAGAUAAAUUGUUGACUGUUCAAAGAUUCUCUCAUGUUCAACAUUUGGUCUCUGAAGUUAGUGGUACUUUGAGAUCAGAUAAGACAAGAUUUGAUGCAUUUAGAUCUAUCUUCCCUGCCGGUACUGUUUCAGGUGCUCCAAAGGUUAAGGCCAUGGAAAUUAUUGGAGAGUUAGAAGGUGAGAGAAGGGGUGUCUAUGCAGGUGCAGUAGGUAAUUGGUCUUACGAUGGCAAAACAAUGGAUACGUGUAUUGCUUUAAGAACUAUGGUUUAUAAAAACGGUAUUGCUUAUUUACAAGCAGGUGGUGGUAUCGUUUUUGACUCUGAUGAACAUGAUGAAUAUAUUGAAACCAUGAAUAAGAUGAUGGCUAAUCAUAACACUAUUGUUCAAGCUGAAGAAAUCUGGGCCGCCAAAGUUGGUAGUAUUUAA